UCAAUAAAUAAAUUGACGUGUCAGAAGUGGAUGCAGGCGCUGCCCUGGAGACCCUGGGAACUGGUACUGGCUGCUGGACACUGACCGAAAACCGGAGGCAUGGAGUUCCUAAAGAGCGGCAUCAAGACGGUGCUGGGCAGCACGGAGCCGGGCCAGCAGCCGAGUGCUGCCGAGACGGUGGAGAAACUGGUGGACCGCGUCUAUUCCUCCACUCUGCUAGAGGACCGGCGCGACGCGUGUCGGGCCCUGAAGGCGCUCUCCCGCAAAUACCGCAUCGAGGUUGGCGCCCAGGGAAUGCCACCCCUGGUGCAGGUGCUGCAAAACGACGGCCAGGAUGCGGAGAUCAUUAGCUAUGCCUUGGACACGCUGUGCAAUGUGGUGACUAGCGAGGAGUUCGAUGAGGAGGCAGACAACCCAACGGUGUCUGUCAACGUGGGCGAGCAGUUUACAGAGAUGUUCAUCAAGACGCCGGAGCAUGUGACCCUGGUCAUGGGCUACCUGGAGGAGUACGAUUUUAGGGUGCGCCGGGCUGCCAUCCAGUUGAUCACGUCGCUCAUCUCGAACAAGACGCGCGAGCUGCAGGACCUCAUCCUGGUCAGCCCCAUGGGCGUGUCCAAGCUGAUGGAUCUGCUCACCGACAGCCGCGAGGUGAUCCGCAACGACGUCCUCCUUUUGCUGAUCGAGCUCACCAAGGGCAACUCCAACAUCCAGAAGAUCGUGGCCUUCGAAAACGCCUUCGACCGACUGUUCGAGAUAGUGCGCGAGGAGGGCUGCUCCGACGGCGGCAUCGUGGUGGAGGACUGCCUCAUACUGCUCCUCAACCUGCUGAAGAACAACUCGAGCAACCAGCAGUUCUUCAAGGAGGGCAGCUACAUCCAGCGUCUAGCUCCCAUGUUUGAGCUCUCGCCCGACACAGAGGAGGCCGGCUGGUCGCCCCAAAAGGUCUCCAACUUUCACUGCCUCCUGCAGGUGGUCCGUGCCUUGGUCACGCCCAGCAACCAACAGCAGGUGGUGGCCGCCUGUCAGCGGGUGAUGCAAAAGUCCCGCCUGCUCCAUGCACUCUGUGACAUCCUGAUGAGCAGCGGCGUCCCGGCCGACAUACUGACGGAAACAAUCAACGCCGUCGCUGAGGUGGUCCGCGGUGACCGUGAAAACCAGGAGGAGCUUGGCCGGGUGAUGGCGCCAAGCAGUCCCCCACGCCCUGCCAUUGUGGUCCUGCUCAUGUCCAUGAUCAACGAGAAGCAACUGCUGGCCCUGCGCUGUGCCGUGCUCUACUGCUUCGAGUGCUUCCUGUUCCGGAACUCGGAUGGCCAGCGGGCCGUGGUUCAGACUCUGCUGCCGUCUAGCGCCUCCGAUGUGAGCGCCCUAUCUACGGGCCAGCUCCUGUGCACCGGACUCUUCUCCACAGACGCCCUGGCCAACUGGUUCUCGGCCGUGGCCUUGAUGCACUCCCUCGUGGAGAACGUGGCCCUCAAGGAGGAACUACUUCGUGUGCUGCUAGCCACUCCGGGAGGCCAGAAGCCCAUCACCCUGCUAGAGCAGUGCACCAAUCUGAUGCAGCAGGAGCGCUAUCGCCUCCAGAGCAAGGUGGGCCUGCUGAUGCUGCUCAGCCUGUGGCUGGCUCAUUGCCCGGGUGCCGUCAAAGCCUUGCUGGAGACUCAGGGAACCAUGGCCUACCUGACCGCCCAGCUGUGCUCCAACGAGCACGACGAGCGCGAGUUUCUCGUCCAGGGCAUGUGCGCCUUCCUCAUGGGCCUGUGCAUUCAGUUCAACGACAAUUCUCUUGCCGGCCAGAAGCGCGACGACAUCAGCCAGCUGAUCAUCAAGCGGAUCGGCCAGGAGAGCUUCUGCAGCAAGCUGGCCGAGGUGUCGCGCCACGAAGCCUACAGCCGGGCUUGCAAGCAGGCCCAGAUCAGGGCCAAGUCCGCCGGAGAGCUGCUGCUCGACUUUGAGUACUGCAAGUUGUACAAAGGCUUGGAGGCGCUGAUAGCCAAGCUGGUGAGCGGAUUCGACGUGGACGGGAUAGAGUUGACCGAACUAACCCUCAGCUCGGAGGCCUCGGCCCUGGUCGCCCAGUACAAGGGCAUUAUCCGGGGCAUGGACGGCCAAAUCCGGACACUGCAGGACGAGGCGAAGGAGCUGGAGCAGGAAAACAACGAGCUGAAGGCGACGCUUCAGGACGAGCAAGCGCUGAAGGCUCAACUCUUGGAUCAGAACACUCUGCUCAAGGCGCAAUUGAGCGCCGCGGGUCAGCCGGUUCAACCACAGACCGACGGAGCGCCUGCAACGGUACAGACCACACCAGCAGCCAGCGAGGAGGAACUGAAUGCGGCCCGCUACCAGGCCAAUAUGUACUUCGCCGAGAAUAUUCGGCUGACGAAGGAGCUGGAAACCCUCCGGCAGCAACUGGCUGCGGAAAAGCAGCGUGCGGAUGCGGCACAGGAAUCUCUGACCGCCACACAAAAGGACCAGGAGGACCUGCUCGAACUACUGGCCGACCAAGAAGCCAAGCUGACGAGAUACGAGACCGAAGGCUCGCCCAACCAAGUUCCCAGUUCCCACGCCCAGGACCAGGUUCCCAGUCUGAGAUAAGAGGCCCGAUCCGGCCCCUGCAAGCUGCUGCCCGACUGCCCCAGGAAUCUUCUCCUCCAAGCAUCUUAUAUACACAUUCUAUUUGUUAUUUAUAUACU